AUUUUCAUCACACACGGCCUUGAAGUACAAUACACACCUACAUUCAAGCCAAUUUCUCAAACCUUUCCAAGUAAAAUGGCUCCAAGAGCUACCACAUCAACUGUCCUCUUGCUUCUCCUCAAUCUGCUCUUCUUCACAAUGGUGAGCGCAACUUAUGCUCCUUGCCCUCCACCACCCAAGACCACUCCUAGUGGCGGGGGCGGCCACGGCCACGGCCAUGGCCACAAGGCCAAGUGCCCAAAAGAUACCCUCAAGUUGGGUGUGUGCGCCAACCUGCUCAAUGACUUAGUCCAUCUGGUGGUAGGAACCCCACCCAAAACCCCCUGCUGCUCACUCAUUGGUGGAUUGGCCGAUCUCGAGGCCGCCGUCUGCCUUUGCACAGCCAUCAAGGCCAACGUCCUCGGCAUUAACCUUAACGUCCCAGUUUCCCUCAGCUUGCUGUUGAACUAUUGUGGCAAGAAGGUUCCCUCUGGCUUCCAGUGUGCAUAAGCAAGCUCCAACCACUUCAGGGCUCCGUGAUCAAGUGUUUCGAUAUGUAUCUUCUUUAUUUUUCUUCCUUUGUUGUUUAGUUUCAUGCAGAUUGCUUUUCAUUAAUGUGUGGAAUUAUAAUGUUUCUCUCUUUUUGUGUUGAACGCAAUGAUAUACACUAUGUUUGUUUUCAUUUUCAA